GCGGACACUGAAAUAAGCUCCGUCCAGGUUCAUGAUUUUAAGGUUAACAACUUUGGAUGUUGUUUCCUGAAACUUUUAAUACAUUUCUUUUGAUCCAUUUGAGUUUGCCUUCAUGUAUUCACCAGACGAGUGGGAAAUUCUUGCCGAAGUCAACAGUGUCUCAUGUAUCACUAUUCUGUCCUUGAUCUUUGGACGUAAAGUUGCCAUGCUUGAUGGCCCUAUCCAUUAUGGUCAAGGUCUAUUAUUGGUUCUCUACGGUAUCGCUUGGGCAAUUUCUUUGAUUGCCUGUAUGCUUACCAGUACCAAUAAUGGUAAUUUCAUCUCCUGCUCCCUCACCUUCUACAACUGCACUUUGCUCUACACCGUUUUCAAAGUCACCCUUUACAUGCAUUUCGUCGAAAAGAUUUACGUUAUUUCAGCCACUCGAGCACCACGAUACCGAUGCCCACUUUAUAUUACCAAUAUCUGUCUCAUGAUCCCCCACAUUGCCAUCUUUGUCUUGUUGACAUGGUUCCGCGUCACUUCCGUUCGUGAUGAAUUCCCUUAUCAUUGUAGCAUCGGGCAUGAACUGCCUGCUACCGUAGCCGUACUUUGUUAUGAUGUGUUCGUUGCCAGUUUGUAUACUGGUAUUUUCGUCAAAUACUGGUUAUUCCCUAAUACUGCCCAACAAACGGACUAUCAAGCCACCAAUCUUUACAUCAUGGCAAGACACAGCCUCUUGCCAUCCAUCAUGGCCAUUGUUAGCGCUAUCGUCAACUAUUGCAUCAUGCUUUGGCAUCAAGGCGAAGAACGAGGUCUGGUUCUUUCCAGCAUCAUCACCCUGUGCGUAACCGUGUUGUGCUGCUGUAUUCAUUGGGUGACGAGCCAUCCUUCCGAAAUCCAAUUUAAUGAAAAGAUCCUUCACCGUGGUAACGGAGAAAAGCCUGUGAAGCUGGAAAUCAAGCAGCAUCAAGAAGUGGUCAUUUUGACCGAGCUCAAUACACAAGCGUAAAAAACUCGCUGAUAACACACCUACUCUUUCUUCCCUUAUCUUGACCGUCCACGCUAAGUCCCAUAGUUCUCCCGUAUUUUAAUUAAUAUAGUCACCAAAAAACAAACAAACCAUAUUUCAUUACGUUGUAAAUGAGCUUUCAUCCCAUAAUUCUAGUAAUCUCUUCAAUAGAAAAUAAUCUAUCCUCUCGUUGUACCUAAAUCUACAGCUAGCAAAUGUGUGUGGGUGUUUUUUUUUUCUUCACAGCCCUUCCUUCAAUACAAUAUCAUCCCAACAAAAGACAUUGCAAUGACACUGUUGAUGUCAUACUUGAUACCACACAUAACACAACGUCAUGUUGCGAUAAGGAAUUCGAAGCCCCUGAUUCUCGG